GAAAGCUCAACAAAACCCGAUUCACAUUCAUGCCGUGCUCGAACAUGGAUGGUUCUCUCAAAAUGAAACUGAUGUUCAUUGGGGUAGCCGAGAACCCCCGUGGAUUUCCUCGCGGCUUUCAGCAAUCAUUACCGGUAUCCUACUACAAUUCCAAAAAAGCUUGGAUGACACGUCAGUUGUUCCGUACCUGGUUUUAUGACGAGUUCAUUCCCGCUGUCCGGAAGUUCUCUGCUGAGCACGAUUUGGAACCGUCAGCGCUUUUGGUUCUGGAUAACUGUACUGCUCACUACGAUGGAUGCGAUGAUUUGAAGAUUGAUGAUGGAUUAAUUCAAGUGAUGUACCUUCCACCAAAUGUGACAGCAGAAUGCCAGCCGAUGGAUCAGUCGGUGAUCAACGCAAUCAAAACCAGGUACAAACGGAAGCUGAUGCUUAAGCUUGUUUUGGAAAACGAAGAUUUGCCCUUGGAACAACGGCUGAAAAAUGUGUCCUUACGGCAGAGUAUUGAUUGGAUUGCUGAAGCUUGGGACGAAAUCAGUCAGGUUACCAUUGAAAAUUCCUGGAAAAAGUUGUUCGAUGAGUUUCCAGGUUGUGAAUGGAGCAUGUCUGAACAGGCGGAGGAUUUUUUUGCUGAUUUCAAGUCCCUUGUAGCAUCAAUUGAUGGCAUAGCCGGAACAAACACAACCGACGAACAAAUCCAGCUUUGGCUUGAGGAUCGAGUAGUAGAUUCCAAUGGUACAACAGUUUCAAUAACCAGCGAAGUGUUCAGAGACGAAGAAAUAGUCAGCGCAGUUUUGAAUAAAGCAGACGAUUUAACUUUCACGGAGGAAGAAUGGUUGGAUACCACCCCGGAGGCUUUGAACGGAAGUGCCCUUGCUACUGAAAACGAAGAACCCGAAGACAUCGAUUUUCCAACCGCGAUGAAGUCGCUUGAUAACGUGAUCCAAUUCGUACAGAACAAUCCCGCUCAGACUUUGAAACUGAAAACCCUGCGAACUGAAUUGCUGGAAGCAGAGUGGAAGAGACGCAAUCUGUAACUGUUUUGUUUUAAUUUGCUUGUUUUAUGA